AUGGAUCAUCAAAAUAAUACGGCAAGCUCAUCAAAAAAACGCCGACGCAAUAGCAGUAGUGACACUAAUUUAUCUGGAACAAAAAAAUUUAUAAUAGACAAAACAAUUCUAAUACUUGAGGCCGAUAUGUUUUGUUGGGGCAGCACAGUUCACGGUGAGUUGGGCCUAGGUGGUAUAGAAGAAGAAAUAAUAAAUGUACCUAGAGAAGUAACUGACUUUAAACAAGCUACUGAGAUAAAAGACAUUGCUUGUGGUAAUAAUUACACAGUUGUUAUUACUCAAGACGGUAAAAUUUACUCUUGCGGUAAUAAUGACAGCGGACAAUUGGGACAUGAUAAACCUAGGAAGAAAUUACAACUGGUAUCAGACCUUGAAGCUUUUGUAUUCAAAAAAGCGGUCUGUGGUGCUAGUCAUACGUUAGCGAUAAACGAGUGGGGUCAACUAUUCAGUUGGGGAUGCAAUUCUGAUGGUCAAUUAGGUUUAAGUUCAUUUGUACCUGUACAAGAGACACCGCGGAUGGUGAAAACUCUAGCUACGAGCAUAGUUAUUCAAGUAUCUUGUGGUUAUAAACACGCGGUAGCUCUUACAAAUAAUGGAAAACUUUAUUCCUGGGGCUUGAAUGAUGAAGGUCAGCUGGGUAUUGGUCCGGAAUCUAAGAUUGAACAUAAGCCAAGAUUAAUUAAAUGUCUUGAAGCUGUUCCGAUUGCUUAUGUUGCUUGUGGAGGAUAUCAUACAAUAGUAGUUUCUAAGUCCGGUUCUAUUUAUGCUUGGGGUAGAAAUACAUUCGGGCAAUUGGGAGUGAAUUGCACUCAAAGUUCAAGUUUGCCAUGCCAAUUGCGAACUUUAAGGAAUUCCAAAGUAAAACACGUAGCUUGUGGUGAAGACUUUUCGGCUUUUCUUACAAUGGACGGUGGAGUAUUCACUUGUGGCGCUGGUACAUACGGGCAGCUAGGACACGGCUCUGCAACAAACGAAAUUCUGCCUCGUCAAAUAAUGGAACUUAUGGGAAGUGUAGUCACACAAAUAUCGUGUGGUACACGACAUAUGUUGGCUUUGAUUCCUUCAAGAGGUCGAGUAUACGCUUGGGGUCUUGGCGGCGCUGGUCAACUUGGAAUAAAGACCACACGAACUGUUACAACUCCUCAGGUUGUACUUGGUCCCUGGGUAUCGCCAAAUGGUACAUCAAUUUAUCAAAGUGGUGCUCCUACAAGUGAAUACAGCAUUGAUUGUGUUGUUAAACAUAUAUUUACUGGCGGUGAUCAUUGUUUUGUUACUGUUACUAAACGAGAGAGUAAUAUUCCAUCAGAUGAUAGCAGGAUAUUCGAUCCUUCAACACAGAUUCUUACUGUAACUGAAGAACAACUAUUAUUUUGUCAAAAAGUACCUAUGGGCGCACCAUUAGAUCAUGAUCUUAUGAUGUAUUUAGAGACAGUUUUCCGUAGCCAAUCGUCUAUAAAUGGAUCCUUUUUACUCGACAAUGAUCAACAUUAUGGAUGUUCAAGUAAACACUCUGGUGUGGAUGUCGUAAAAGCUUCUAGACUUUUUGGAAUUAUUUCUGAUUUUCAAAAUAAUACAAUACAAGAACUGAUUUUCACAUCUAUUAUCGAUGGAUUGAUACCAUCGUUAGCUGCAUCGCCACCAGACGUUGAAGCUUUAAGAGUUUACCUUACUCUACCACUGUACCAUGGUUUCACCGAGCCAACACACUGCGAAUCUCUUCAAAGACCUUUUGCCAAAGCUCUGAACAACUUGAAGCCCGAAGCUAAAAAAAUAGUUGGUAUUUGGUGGAGCAAAGCACCUGUUCAAGUCUUUUACAGACUGAUAAGAUCGUAUAAAGCUAUUAUUUUACUUAUUAUGAAACAAACCAAAAAUAUUGACAAUAUGCAUUUCUCAUCAGACUCAACGUUAAAAUUAAGUCUAGAAUUAUUAAAAUUCAUAAAUAAAUUAAAUCAAACAGAAAAUGAAGGUCUUCGUGUGCCUUACGAUGUAUUUCAUUUGCCAGAAUUAACAACUCUAAUUGAUAUAAGAACAGAUUAUAUAAAAUGGCUUGGUAAUGCCGAUUCAAAUUCUGUUGGCGUAGCAUUAAUCUGCAAUUACUCAUUUAUAUUCGACGCAGAAGCUAAAUUAUUGCUGCUUGAAACAGAUCAGGCAAUACAAAUGCACUCGGCAAUGAAUGAAGCAGCAACACGAGCGUUUACAAAUGUUAUGUUCAAUGCAUUUCUGCCCACUGAUGCUCGUCAAACGUCGCAAUUUUUAAUGUUAAAUGUAUCACGUGAAAAUAUUGUCGUAGAUACUCUCCGUGAAUUAACCUCACAGAAUUCAAGUGACUUGAAGAAGCCAUUGCGUGUUAAAUUUCACGGUGAAGAAGCUGAAGACGCGGGUGGAGUUAAGAAAGAAUUUUUUAUGUUACUAUUAAAAGAAAUUUUAGAUCCAAAAUACGGAAUGUUUAAACAGUACGAUGAAACAAGAACUAUUUGGUUCAGUGAAGAUUCAUUUGAAGAUGAAAUGAUGUACUUUUUAAUCGGUGUACUCUGUGGGCUUGUUAUUUAUAAUUUUAUUAUAAUUAAUCUACCAUUCCCGUUGGCAUUGUACAAAAAAUUAUUAAAUGAGCCAGUUAAUCUUGCUGAUCUUAAAGAUUUAUCGCCUGUUCUUGCUAAAAGCUUGCAAAGUAUUUUAGAUUACAAUGAGCCAGAUUUAGCGGAUGUCUUCUCGUUAAACUUUGAAGUUAUCCGUGAAGUAUACGGAGAACAAAAAGUCUAUGAACUGAUACCAGGUGGCAGUAAAAUAGCUGUUACGUUGGAGAAUAAACAAGAAUUUGUUAACUCGUAUGUUGAUUAUAUAUUUAAUAAAUCUGUUGAGUCUCACUUUAAAGCAUUUUACAAUGGAUUUCAUAAAGUUUGCGGUGGCCGUGUGUUAAAACUAUUUCACAGUCAUGAAUUAAUGGCUGUUGUCGUUGGACAUGAAAAUUAUGAUUGGAAAGAAUUGCAAGACAAUGCCAUCUACAAAGAAGGCUAUACCAAAGAUGACCCAACUAUUGUUAUGUUUUGGCAAAUAUUUCAUGAACUGCCGUUGGAAGAAAAGAAGAAAUUUCUUCUUUUCUUGACUGGUAGCGACCGAAUACCUCUGCAAGGCAUGAAAGCUAUCAAAAUUACAAUACAACCAAUGACUGAUGAAAAAUUUUUACCGGUUGCACACACUUGUUUCAAUUUAUUGGAUUUACCUCGUUAUCAAACAAAAGAGCGGUUACGAUACAAAUUGUUACAAGCGAUACAACAAACUCAAGGAUUUUCAUUGGUAUAG